UCUCUGCUUUUCCUUGCCUGUGGCAACCGACAGCACCUCCCAGCCUCGCAGGCCGGCUGCCUGCCUGCUCACCCAGCCAGUCACUGGUCGGUCUGGGCGCUGCAGCAGGCUCGGCUCGGUCCCAGCACUGGUCUGGGAGCAAAGUGUCUUCACCCAGAGAGUCUUUCUGACCUCCCUUCCUGCUUGAUCUCUCUGUGCGCUUUUGUGUUUCUUUCUUUCUCUUUUAUUUUUCCCCCUCUUUCUUUUGUUUUAUUUUUUUUUUUAGUUUUUAUUUUUAUUUUUUGGCAUACUUAUAUUCCUAAUCCUGGAUGAAGUUGCUGGAUUCUGCAGCACAAGUCUUCAUGAACGAGCAGCACCGCUCAGCGAUUCCACGCCACUCAAAGGUCACAGAGCAGCCACUAUGGUUAAAUGUCUUGUUUAAUGGUUGAGAGGUGUGGCGAAAUCUUGUUUGAGAGCCCUGACCAGAAUGCCAAAUGUGUUUGCAUGCUAGGAGAUGUACGACUAAGGGGUCAGACUGGGGUUCCUGCCGAACGCCGUGGCUCCUACCCAUUCAUUGACUUCCGCCUGCUUAACAAUACAACACACUCAGGGGAAAUUGGCACUAAGAAAAAGGUGAAAAGACUGUUAAGUUUCCAAAGAUACUUCCAUGCGUCGAGGCUGCUUCGUGGGAUUAUACCACAAGCCCCCCUCCACCUGCUGGAUGAAGACUACCUUGGACAAGCACGGCACAUGCUCUCCAAAGUGGGAAUGUGGGAUUUUGACAUUUUCCUGUUUGAUCGUUUGACAAAUGGAAACAGCCUGGUAACACUGCUGUGUCACCUCUUCAACACCCAUGGACUCAUUCACCAUUUCAAGCUGGAUAUGGUGACCUUGCAUAGAUUUUUAGUCAUGGUUCAAGAAGACUACCAUGGUCAAAAUCCAUAUCACAACGCUGUUCAUGCAGCUGAUGUCACUCAAGCCAUGCACUGCUACCUGAGGGAGCCAAAGCUGGCCAGCUUCCUUACUCCUCUGGACAUCAUGCUCGGACUACUGGCUGCAGCAACUCAUGAUGUUGACCACCCAGGGGUAAACCAGCCAUUUUUGAUCAAAACUAACCAUCACCUUGCCAACCUGUAUCAGAAUAUGUCUGUGCUGGAGAAUCAUCACUGGCGAUCUACUAUCGGCAUGCUUCGAGAAUCAAGGCUUCUGGCUCACCUGCCAAAGGAAAUGACACAGAAUAUUGAACAGCAGCUGGGCUCCCUGAUUUUGGCCACAGACAUCAACAGGCAGAAUGAAUUUCUGACCCGAUUGCAAGCUCACCUCCACAAUAAAGACUUGAGACUGGAAGAUGCACACGACAGACACUUUAUGCUUCAGAUCGCAUUGAAGUGUGCAGACAUUUGCAAUCCUUGUCGAAUCUGGGAGAUGAGCAAACAGUGGAGUGAAAGAGUCUGCGAAGAGUUCUACCGGCAAGGUGACCUUGAACAGAAAUUUGAACUGGAAAUCAGUCCUCUUUGUAAUCAACAGAAAGACUCCAUCCCUAGUAUACAAAUUGGGUUCAUGACCUACAUCGUGGAGCCGCUCUUCCGGGAAUGGGCCCGCUUCACCGGACACAGCGCCCUGUCGGAGAACAUGCUGGGCCACCUGGCCUACAACAAGGCCCAGUGGCACAGCCUGCAGUCCAAGCAGCACAGACGCCGGGGCAGCGCCGGCGGCCCGGACCACGCGAGCCCGGGGACUGAGAAGGCCGAGAAGGCCGAGCAGACGGCAGCAGCUGAAGGCCACACUCCGUAGGGCGGCGCCCCGCAGAACGAUAGGAGCGGCCGGCCUGGAGCAAGGCCUCCUCCCCGAGGCCGGGCCGGCCCCACGGGGCGCCUCCCGCCAACCAGCGCAGCAGUCCUGGGGUUUGUCCCUGGGCUCUUUCGCAGGCCUCCCACCUGCCACUUCCCUGCCCCGUGUUCUUCUCCAAGUGUACAGAAGCCAUGUGUCACCCCAGCAUUCGCUGCCGGAAUUGAGCGACUCCAUUUGGUCAUGUGGGAACCCAAACCUGCCCCCCCCCCCGGGGGUAGGCUGACCACCCCA